AUGCAGAUGCCCAAUGCUAUGCGACCGUGCGAAGACGUUGUCAGCCUUGCAAUAUGCGUCUUACCGCUGGAAGCAGCAGCAGCCCGCAGUAUGCUGGACAGAACCCACAGUCCGCUACCUAUACCCUCUACUGAUUCGAAUGCCUACCAACUUAGUGAACUAAACGGCCACUGUAUUGUGAUCGCCAGCCUACCAAACGGUAUAUAUAGCAAAGUGUCUGCCGUAACUAUGAGAUCUUGCAUGCGCUCGACCUUUCCUCAGCUUCAAUAUGGAUUGAUGGUGGGGAUCGGAGGCAGAGUUCCAGGUAAAAGUCAUGACAUUCGAUUAGGCAAUGUAGUAGUAAGCAAACCAGCUGGAAAGCACAGUGGAGUGAUCCAGUAUGAUUAUGGCAAGGCGAUUCAAAAUGGUCAAUUCGAGGCAACAGGAACCGUGAACAAACCACCACAGGUGCUUUUGACACAUAUGGGCCAAUUAGAGGCUAAACAAAUGACUGAAGGCGAGGACGCUCUUUCUCAUAUAGUGGAUGAAACCUUGAUACGAAACUCUAAUAUGCAAGGACGAUUUUCACCUCCAGACCAGCAUGCUGACUUUUUAUUUCAAUCCUCUUAUCAUCAUAUCGCCGGGGAAGGUACUUGUGAAUAUUGCGACAAAGAAAAGUUAUAUAAACAACAACCAAGAAAGACAAGAACACCUCGGAUUCACUAUGGGUUGAUUGCAUCAGGGGAUCAAGUAAUAAAGGACUCAGAAACACGAGAUCGCCUAGCACAGCAGUAUGGAAUCCUCUGCUUUGAAAUGGAGGCGGCCGGGCUGAUGGAUGAGCUUCCAACUCUUGUGAUCCGAGGGAUAUGCGAUUAUUGCGACUCUCAUAAACAGAAACAGUGGCAAGGAUAUGCAGCAUUGACAGCAGCUGCUUAUGCAAAAUUGCUGCUAUUAGCAAUUCCUGUUAGCCGUCCAGAUGCCAACUUAAUGAACAACAAGAAGAUGAGGCACUGGAUAGUACCGCUCGCAAGGAAUCCCAACUUUGUCGGGCGUCAGGAUGAGAUCACAAAACUGGAAGAAUCAAUAACAAUGCAAGACGGUCCUAGAAAAAUCGCUAUCACCGGGCUAGGCGGGGUCAGGAAGACCCAAGUGGCCCUGGAGCUCGCACACCGCAUCCGGGACCGAGAUAAGGAGUGCUCAGUCUUCUGGAUCCCCUGUACCAGCCAUGCAAUAAUUAAGCAGAUGUUGCUGCAAAUUGCACAGAUACUCGGGCUUUGUGUUGUAAAUCCGGCAGACAUUAAAGAACAGGUUAAGAGCUACCUUAAUACUGAGCGUGCUGGAAAGUGGCUUCUAAUUCUUGACAAUGCAGAUGAUGCAGAGAUGUGGUUAAUGGGUAGCCACACGGCUCCACCUCUUGAGGAUUUUCUCCCGGAAAGUGGACAAGGCCGUAUUUUGUUUACCAGUCGAAACCGAAAACUCGCCAUGAGGCUGGCACCAUUCAAUAUUAUUCCGAUCCCAGAUGUAGAUGAAGAAACAGCAGCUAAAAUAUUAGAAAAGACACUGGGACACAAGGACUUGCUCAGAGAUCCUGCCAGGCUUGUCAUCGAUUAA